AAGCAAAGAAAAAAGAUUUACCACUUAAAGCUAAAACUUAUUCUUUUUGAUUUUGUGCUACGUUUUUUGUGUUAACGUUCCCUUCAAAUAUCUCGUAUCGUCACCGUUGUCUUCGAUAUCGUCCUUAUUUUUUAUAAGUAUGGCAUUCUGUGAUCCGAACGCAAAUGCCUCGCAAUUGUCCAGCGAUGAUACAAGUGACUCGGAUAACGAGUACCUUGCCAAGCUGAAAGUCCUUGAAGCGGAGGCGUGGGAACUAAGGAAGGAGAUCAACAAAUUGGUCGAGGAGAUGGCCGCCAGAAAGAAGGUGAAAAAUAACACCAAAAGGAAGCGCAAAGAGAAAAAGAAGAGUAGCAGCAGCACCGACACUGGAACUGUCAAUGAGCGCGUCAGCAGCAGAAAUAAGUUCAGCCAGUUGAUGAACUUUGAUGCCACCGCCAAGCCCAUGUCGUACGAUGAGAAGCGACAGCUCUCGCUCGACAUUCAUAAGAUACCAGCUGACAAACUGGGACGUGUGGUGCACAUAAUUCAUAAUCGAGAGCCAUCGCUGCGCGACUCAAAUCCGGAUGAGAUUGAGAUCGAUUUUGAGACACUAAAGCCGAUUACGCUGCGCGAGCUUGGAAGCUUUGUGGCGUCGUAUUUGCGCAAAAAAACACGCGAUGAUAUUGAGGGGGCAGCACGCAAGAAGAUAUCACUUGAUUCAAAUGGAAGCAAUCAACAGCAGCAGCAGCAACCGACGGGUAACCGGCAACAGCAGCAACAAUUUGGUCUGCAACAACAGCAGAAACCGCAACAGCAACCGCAUCAGCAACAACAGUUGCAGCAUCAAGAUCAUUUGCAUUCGCAGCAACAUCAGCAGCAGCAGCAGCAGCAGCAGCAACAACCGACGGGUAACUGGCAACAGCAGCAACAAUUUGGUCUGCAACAACAGCAGAAACCGCAACAGCAACCGCAUCAGCAACAACAGUUGCAGCAUCAAGAUCAUUUGCAUUCGCAGCAACAUCAGCAGCAGCAGCAGCAAGAACAACAUCUCCAGCAACAUCAACAACAUCAGCAGCAGCAGCAAGAACAGCGACAGACUGGUAAAAUGCAACAGCAAAGGCAACAGCAACAACAGCGGCAGCAGCAUUUCCAACAAUAUCGCCAAAAGCAGCUGCAGCAGCAACAGCAACAACACCGACGGCAGAUGUUACCGCCACAGCAAUCGAUUUCCGAUUUAAAGAUGCAUAUGGCUGGUAACGCUGGCUCUGCUCAGAACCUUAAGAUGGCCAGCAAGCCAAAUUUGAAGGAUGACCGCUCAUCGUCAUUGCUGGCAUCAUCAGAGAAUACGGCGACAACGUCGAGCAAGGCGAAACCGGCAAUGGACUCAGUCCAGCAAUCCCGCAUCAAAGCCAAAGAACGCGAUCGCCUCAAGCUGCUGGAGGCGGUAGAGAAGGUGAAGAAGCACCAAAGGGAGGAGGCCGAAAAGGCGCAACAACGCAUGCGUCGCAUGUAUGUUGCCGCCAGCAGCAACAUCGGCAUUGGCAAUGGGCCUGCCACAAGGAGCAAAACAACUCUAGGCAAAGGAUAUCAAGGCAUCCGCAAUGGCCAGGCUCAACAUGCAGCCUCCGUGGCAGCAGAAAGCGGACGGAAAUGCGUGAAUUAUUCACAGCGGCAAACAUCUCGACUGGCGGACAUCAAGGCAUCGUCCGGUCAGGAACAGGAUUCGCCGCAGCAUCGCGUGUCUGCUAAGCGUGCGGAGCAGCGUAAAGCCGAGCAGGAGCGUCGUCGACGCGAGGCGAUGGCUCGCCAUGUUGACAUGAGUAUGCAGAGUGAUCUGAUGGCCUUCGAGGAGACUCUGUAGGCAGCGACAAACACAUGAAAAAGAUCGCGUAAAAAAGAACAUCAUCAGCAUCAUCGCAAAGGAAACUUACAGCAGCAGCAAUAACAUCAACAGCAAGAGACAACAGCUAAAGUCAACAACAUAGGAGCGAAAAUAGAAGUAUCAGGAACAAGAAGGACAACAGUGUGUUGGAAAGAGAACAGUUUGUCCAAAAGGCAGAGUUCAACAACAAAUGUAACAACAACAAUAUAUUUACACAGUAGACGCGCAAACAUUUCGAUUUGGAUAUAAAUAUAUAUUAAC